AUGGAAGAAAUUGGCAUCCAAGUCAAGCAAAAUACCAAAGAUCCGAUCGUUGCAGCAACCAAAAGCAGCUUGCUUGAAGAGACAUCCGAGAAAGAUCUGUACGUCAAACUAAAGAAGCUUCAGCGUAAUCUUGAGUUUUUGGCGUUGCAAGAAGAAUACAUCAAAGACGAGUUGAAGAACUUGAAGCGAGAACUGCUACGAGCACAAGAAGAGGUGAAGCGUAUCAAGUCAGUACCUCUUGUUAUUGGACAAUUCUUGGAGCCUCUUGAUCAACACACGGGCAUCGUCGGAUCAACGACUGGCAACAACUUUGUCGUACGCAUAUUGAGCACCAUUGAUCGAGAGUUGUUAAAGCCAAGUUCAUCUGUGGCACUUCAUCGACAUUCGAAUGCCCUCGUAGACGUAUUGCCCCCUGAAGCCGAUAGCAGUAUUGCCAUGUUGGGCGCCGAUGAACGGCCUGAUGUGACAUAUCAAGAUGUGGGUGGUUUGGAUAUCCAAAAGCAAGAGAUUCGGGAAGCAGUCGAGUUACCAUUGACACAUUUCGACUUGUAUCGACAAAUUGGUAUCGAUCCUCCACGUGGUGUGCUUUUAUAUGGCCCUCCCGGUACUGGAAAGACCAUGCUCGUCAAAGCAGUCGCACAUCAUACGACAGCCAAUGUCAUUCGUGUCGUCGGUUCAGAAUUCGUGCAAAAGUAUUUGGGUGAAGGUCCACGCAUGGUGCGAGAUGUCUUCAGAUUGGCGCGUGAAAACUCACCGGCUAUCAUCUUCAUCGACGAAAUCGACGCUAUUGCAACCAAACGUUUCGAUGCUCAAACAGGUGCCGAUCGUGAAGUUCAACGUAUUCUUCUUGAAUUACUGAAUCAAAUGGAUGGUUUCGAUCAAACUUCAAAUGUCAAGGUCAUCAUGGCAACCAAUCGUGCUGAUACAUUGGAUCCUGCAUUAUUGCGUCCUGGUCGUCUGGAUCGCAAGAUUGAAUUCCCCACACCCGAUCGUCGCCAAAAACGUUUGAUCUUCUCAACUAUCACAUCAAAGAUGAAUUUAUCCGAAGAAGUGGAUUUGGAAGAUUUCGUCUCUCGACCCGAUAAACUUUCAGGUGCAGAAAUUGCUGCUAUCUGUCAAGAAGCUGGUAUGCAUGCUGUCCGCAAGAACCGCUAUGUGAUCUUGAGCAAGGAUAUUGAAAAGGGUUACAAGGCCAACGUGAAGAAGGAGGACACCAACUUUGAAUUCUACAAGUAG